AUGCGAAUGAGUUGUAAUGGAUGUCGGGUAUUACGAAAAGGUUGUAGUGAAGAUUGUAGCAUAAGACCGUGUUUGGAGUGGAUCAAGAGUUCACAAUCACAAGCCAAUGCAACUCUGUUCCUUGCUAAAUUCUAUGGUCGUGCUGGCCUCAUGAAUCUCAUCAACGCUGGUCCUCACCACCUUCGUCCAGCGAUUUUUCGUUCGUUGUUAUACGAGGCAUGUGGGAGGAUCGUGAACCCGAUUUAUGGGUCGGUGGGUUUGUUGUGGUCGGGGAGCUGGCAGCUUUGUCAAGCCGCCGUUGAAGCCGUCUUGAAGGGUUCGCCAAUAACUCCGAUAACCUCCGAUGCGGCGGCGUUUGGGCGGGGUCCACCACUUAAGGCCUACGACAUACGCCACGUGUCCAAGGAUGAGAACUUGGCCGCUUUACAUGAAGGUCACCGAGUCAAGACUCGGUCCCGGUUCAAGAGAACCGGAAGUGGAGCCAUCAUCAAGCCUAAGACCCUCAAAGGAACCGAGGCCGGUUCUUCUGAACCGGAUGUGGAGAACCGGUCGGCUAGUCAUGAGUCUACGCUGAGCCGUCAGUCCGAGGCAGCGAUGGCGGAGAGUGUGGUAUCCGUGGAGACUUCGAUCCUCUUCCAUGAUGAACCGGAGUCAAACGUGAAGGUGAGUGACCGAGCCGAUGAGAGUGGUGGUGAUGUUGGUUUAGAGCUGACGCUCGGGUUCGAACCGGAUUCACGUGCGCAUCACGUGAUUCCCAUGAAGAAGAGAAGGAUUGAGUUGAAGGAUUGGGAGAGCGGUUCAUGCAAGAUGGAAUUGGGUCUUGAGUUUCCGGUUUGAACCGCUCACUCGGUUUUCACUCA